GACCCUUGUACUCGAGUGGCGAAGGUUUGACAUGGCCCACAUAUCACAUACAAUUAACUACACCACUAUCAUUGUUACUUACCCUGUAUAUGUUUACAUUUUUGGUUAACUUUCAAACAGGACAGCAUAACCUCCUUUUUCCACAUAAAAUGAAGAUCAUUUGAAUUUAAAAUGUUAAAUGUACGUAUAAGUUCGUUCGGUGACAAUGGACUUGGAGAACAGGAGCAAGACGCGAAUUUUUCUUUAACUGAAUUAGACAAAGGUCUGCGAUCGGGAACUGUUGGCGAACAGUGUGAAGCAAUUGUUCGAUUUCCACGUCUUUUUGAAAGGUACCCUUUUCCAAUUCUAAUUAAUGCGUCGUUCUUGAAAUUGGCCGAUGUUUUUAGGGUCGGAAGUAACUUUCUCCGCUUGUGGGUUUUAAGAGUGUGUCAGCAGAGUGAGAAACAUUUAGAUAAAAUUUCAAAUGUUGAUGAGUUUGUGAGGAGAGUUUAUAGCGUUAUACAUAGUAAUGAUCCCAUUGCCAGGGCAUUGACGUUAAGGACUUUAGGUGCUGUUGCUGGAAUUAUUCCAGAAAGGCAACAGGUGCAUCACAGUAUAAGAAGAAGUUUGGAUUCGCAUGAUAAUGUUGAAGUGGAAGCCGCAAUAUAUGCUGCUAUUCAAUUUGCAGCUCAGUCAAAGACCUUUGCGAUUAGCAUGUGUAAUAAAGUAUCAGACAUGAUUCAAGGACAGGCUACUACGGGAAGUAUGAAAUUGCAGUUAAUCCCUAUUUUGCAAUAUAUGCAUCACGACGCCACCACAUCAGCUAUGGUGCGUCAGUUAUGCACCGACUUACUUCCCAGUUAUCCUUCUGAAGAUUUUGUACUUGUAACAUUAAACACACUCACGCAACUGGCUGCUGCUACUUUAGUCGAUAUACCGGGACAGGUUUCCCUGUUAUUAAAGUAUUUGCAGUCUGAUCCACGAUGGCAAGUAAAAUCCAAAUCCUUGCAAUAUUUAUAUCAACUUGCCAAGCCAGGUGCUCAUUUGUGGCCUAUUGGCGCUAUUGAUAAUAUAGUAGAUAUGGCCAUGCAAACUCGGGCACCAAAAGUUUUAAGUUUGACUUUGGAUGUGAUUGGUGUUCUUGCCGAAUCGCCAAAUAUAUGCCACGAACAUAGCUCACAUUUUUCAAAGCUAAGAGAAUUUUGCAGUAAGAAUAGCUACUCAUCGCAUAAUGCAAUAGCGGCACAAGCAAUCCAAGUAUUGACUAGAAUUUUAUGCUAUUGUUAUACAGAAGGUUUAGAAGUUCAUGGCGCUCAAGAAGUAAUAAAUUCCUUAGAAACUCUAAUAUUACUGCUUAUAUUUUCUGAUGGAAGAAGCCUGUACCAUUUGAAAGUUGCAUUGAAGUGCGCUGUUCAAUUAUGUGAAGCCAAGCACGAGCAUUGUAUGACAUUUGUGGAGUUGCUCGGUUCAAAUUUGAAAAGUUUAAAUGAGGAGUCGACGGUUGCAGUUUGUGAGGCUUUAGGUGCCAUAGGUGGUUUACAACCGGAAACCUUAUUAUCGUUACUUCCUGAUAUGCUUGCAAUUCUAACUGAACUAUCGGCUGUGGAUAUUCAUACCGAUUUACAGACUAAUGCCCAAGUAUUACUAUGCACGCUACUUUUUCAGACCUUGUGCGGCUAUCAGUGGAAUCAAGAAACGAAAAAUGUGAUCAAAAUCGUCACGGUUAACAACAAUUUAUGGGCCAACUAUCGCAUUGCACGCGCCGCCGUGCGAUACAGUCAUCAUGAAGUAGCCUUGAAUAUACUUAGAGAUCUUACAGAAAGAGUCAGUUCUGAAAAUUUACACUUUUGGUUGGUCUGUUUGAAAGAAAUGUUCGAUGCGGAAGCUGCUCUUUCAAGUACAGAAAAAGAAAAUGUUGUCGAUUGUUUAAAUUCAGCUGUGAAUCAUUACAACAAAGCAAUAGCAGCAUUAAAGGUUGCCGGAACACCAUCAAACAGUCUUCAAUUUCAAUCCGAGUAUAUGCGCUUGCGCACUGAAUUUUUGCAAUGCCUGGUACAAUUGGUACAUACCUCCAACAUUCUUUGCAUUGUCCCUCCUCCGGCAAUCGCUUCAUCUAUCGUGCAAACGACUAGGGAUGAGUACCAAAGGCACGGGUACAUUACGAACCAAAUGCGAAAAUGUGUAAAGGAAUUUAAAAAUUGCGGAGAACUAUAUUGGAAAUUAUAUCAAACAGCUUUUGAUGCAGAUCCUGCAACACUCGAAAAUAUUCAAAUCUUGCAGCAAAUGUGUGGAUUGGUAGAACAAUGCAUUGAAAUGGUCUGCAUGCCUGGAAAUAAAAUCGACGACGAUCCCAUCGAAUUUAAUGUCCAAAAUGCAAGGUUGGAAUCUCAACAACUGAUUCGUGGCUGUCAAAAUGUUGUCAAGUUAGCCCGUACAAUCAACGCAGACGGUGGCCAAACAAUAACGCACAAGCAUAUUGAUGUAUUGAAGAGUGCCGUAGAAAUCCUUGCUAAUUCAUCCUUGCCGAUACCUAGAUAUUUCUUCCAAGUUCUUCAGUCGACUACUCUGAAAUUAGCUAUUAGUCCACAGCCUCGUGUCUUAGGAGAAUUUAUUAGCGUUCAAUCAGGUUCUCAAUUGGCAGUUAAAGUGGAGGGUAUUGUUCAACAUGGACAACGACCAGGACUAUUUAGGCAAGUCAAAGGAAUAUUAGUAACGGUCACUUCACAACUGCAAUUAAAUAACAAAAACAAGGAUUCCUUAGAUUUAAAGGGAGUUGACGUAAACCUAACAUUAACACAAACAGUCAUACCCCACAAGGAUUUCUUUACAGCUCAAUUUUUACUGGCUUUCCCGAGAGGUGGCCAAUAUGUUUUAACAAUCGAAGCGUCAGUAUUAGAUGAACACAGUAAUAUUUGGAAAACAGGUCCGAGGUCAUCUUUGACAGUAAAAGUUCCAGAAGAAAAUAAGCCGGCGCCUAUUAACAUGCCUGGAAUGGCUACUACCAUCAACAAUGUCAUUCUUAUGCCAGAGGAUAGUCUUUUCAUUAGACCAAACCAAAAAAAAACUUAACGUGUAUGAGUUUUUAAUCAUUCUACAUGAUUUGAUAAUAAAAGUAUAAUAGAG